AUGAAAGGUGGGAUUUUAGAGCCAUGCAUAUACAUAUUUAAUACCGAGGGUGCUUCUGCUUUACCAGAAAUAACAGCAGCUACUAAUAUUAGUAAUAAUAUAUUCGUUUUUGAAAGAAAGGAGCAAGCAAAUUUACACACAGAUACAUAUUCAGAUAAUGUGAGAAAGAGAAAGCAACUCAAUGAUUUUUAUGAUAUGUUAAAGACUGUACAUAGUAUGGAUAUCAAAGGUCCAUUAGCGCUCAUGGAAGAUGAUUUUGUGUUUUGCCCAUAUGCUGUAGGGCAUUUGGCAAGAAUAACUACAUUUAUGAGCAGGAAGAAUUAUUCAGGUAUUAGGUUUUCAUUUGGACUUAAUGGUGUCAUUAUUCAUAAAUCUGAUAUACCUGGUUUUAUGAACUAUAUGGAAGCCAAUAGGAAACGAGCAUUCCCAACAGAUUGGCUGCUCGAGGAAUUUGUCAACAAGUAUGUUCCAAUGGGACAGGAAUAUUUUAAAGAACGAGUUUUCUAUACUUACAGAUAUCAAUUAAUGGAACAUAUUGGUGUUGUAACUUCAGUUGGAAAUAAUAGAAAUGAAGAGCAAAACAAAAUCAACUUUCCACAAUGUUACGAAACUCAAACUCAAUCUCAAUUGAUGUUUAUGUUUUUCGUUGAUGCUUGUCCAAAUUCCUUGUUUUAUCCUUGUGAUGAAACCUCAGCUCCAAAUGAUUUUGUUCAUGACAGCUUGCCAUGUGAAACUCUUCCAGCUAGUGCUAUUCACAGUCUUCAAGAACUUCAAACUAUAAAGGCAGUUUUGGGAGCACUGGGAGAAAAUUGCGAUACCAUUUGUGCCAAGAGUGAAUCAGUAUGUGCUCCUAAUUAUUUCCCUUAUAUCAACAGAUGUGAUGAGAUGCGAAAACAUUACUCUUCAUGUGAAUGUAAAAAAGAAGGAGUUAUUGAUUCAAGAGCACCUUAUUUUGAUGGAAAAUAUUGUAUUAUUGGAAAUAGAAGAUCAAAGUUUAGAUGUGGAAAUGCACACCCCUCAGAGAGAAGGCUUUGUCCAUGCAAACCGAAAUAA